AAACUCCUUCAGGCACUGGAAAGAACCUAACACCUACCCUCCUUGGCCGCCGUAAAAGGACUCAUCUUUUUUUUUCACGAACUACCAGAUACCCAAAAUUUCUAAAAAUAUCAUAAAAUAUCUAUACCUGCUAUAUCUCAGCACCCUCUAGCAAAUUAUGGCUACACGCGCCACGGCUGAACAAAGCAAUAUAUUCAUAAAACAAUAAAUAAUUUACGAGAAAGGUCUAUAGCUUCAAAAUUAUAUUUAAUAUUGCCAUUUUUUUAAUCCCACGUUUGCCUCUGUUAUACAAAAACAAUUAAUCUAAGACAUGAUUAAUUAUCUCCUCCUGAAAACUCUUAUUUCCCACAUAUUGGAUUCGUUUUUUGUUCGUUAAUCACACUUCCGUCGGUUGUCCAGGAUAUAAUAAAAGCAUUCUUUAUUAAAAACUGCAAAGCUUUUAAAAAACGUUUACAGUGAACAGUACCGGGGCUGACAUGCAAACAAGUCACUACAAGUUUUUAUUUAUCAACAGCGCCUCUGUUGAUUUGUAUUAAAUAAAAAAAAAAACAGCACCAUAUGUUACAACAGCUUUUUAUUGAUGUUUUUUUUAAAGCGAUUAUCACGUCCAUUUGAAGUAAAGUUAUAAUAGACGACGCUUAUUAUCAACUUAAAAUGUAAAAGGAAUAGUGUUCGCUUUAUAGUUGUUUUAAUUUCAAUCCUGACGGAUAAAAACUAAAAAUUUGAGGCAGAUGUCCAUUUGCGUUACGAUUUUCUUCUAUUUGGCUGUGCAGUUUCUAAUUGGCGGGCGUUUUGACUGGAGUUUGCACACCUGCACCAGUAUUUUACAGCGGACUGAAUCGCAGUCAAUAAUUUGCAAAACAAAUCUGCUAGCCAUGCUUUUCCCGCAAGUUUAGGCACAAGAAUUAACCCAAGAAAGUUGCCCAAACUAUGGUCAAAAGUUCAUCAAAGCUAGCAUACGAUUUAAAGUGCAUCCAGAGUGGUAACAAUGGGGCUGAAGGCUGCUUGAGGUCCGCAUGACAUUUAAAUCAACACGAGUCCCAAAAAGAAGGAAAACUGUUGUUUUACUAUAAUAUGACAGUAUGAAACCAUCUAUAGAAGCUAAUAUAUAGAAGCACUGACUAGAACGACGCAUCGAGAUAUGUCAUUGGUCAUGUUUUACAAUGGUUACUGGUUCAGUAGCUCUUUUGCAAGUUCAGUGAUCUAUAUCAUCAUCUCUGUAUUUACUGUUAGUGGCAAUGUUUUAGUUUGCGUGACGUUUGCUCUAGAUCCAUAUGGCCAGCUCCACAAGCCUCAGAACGUAUUCCUUGUAAACCUCGCAGUGAGUGAUCUCAUAAUGGGUGCUCUCACCGACACGCUUCUCGCGUCCACUUACUGGAUAAGUCCAGCGGAAGGCUUAUUUUUCGCGCACUAUGUCUGCGCUAUCAUAUCCGGUGCGUCUUCGCUGCUCAACCUCACCGCGCUGUCGGUGAUUCGGUACUACGCAGUAAGGGAACCUGUUGACUACCAGGCCAAGAUCACUAGACAUCGUGUGUUCGUCGCGAUAGUGUUUAUCUGGGCGCUAUCGUUGCACUUGGCACUGCUUCCAGUGUUUGGAUGGCGUUCUCCGUCCUACCAGCUCUACUUGUACGGGGUGGGGUUUGGAAUACCUUGUGUUAUAAUUUUUGUGGCAUAUUACGGCUUCCACGGCGCGAUCCGCCAGCAUACACGCACCAUUCGUGACAUGGAGAUGACCGACCGGAACUUACCUGCAGGGUCGAACACUGACUUGAGCUACCAUUCGCGGGUCAAGCGUGUGAUCGAGCGAGAAAGACAUGUCACUAAGACAAUUGUGUUGAUCUUGUCUCUGUUCGUGGCAUCAUGGUUGCCAUUCCUGAUGGUCGAUAUCAUAAUGGUGCAAUGCGUGACAUGCCGUGACUCGCCCAGACUUCACUUGGCUCGAGAUGUCACGCUGUCUAUAACGUACUUCAGCGCCGGGAUCAACCCAUUGCUGUACACGUGGCGCGUGAUACAGUUCCGUCGUGCUGUGGCGAAAGUCCUUCACCUAUCUUCCUAGUUUUGCGCGUGAUGUGCAUGUGGAUGUUUUGAUUGAUAACGACAAUAAUUGCUUAAAAGUAUUUACACGAGAUUUUAAUUUGUAAGGAAUUUUUAAAAACAAAACUAAGGCAUAAUGAUUCACGUACUAUAACGUUCUACAAAUCGUGACACAUGAUUUAGCGCAUAUGGCGCACCCGAAAAGGCAUGACCAAAAGAUGAGCGUCUCCGUCAAUCUUGUUCAAUAGAUAAUAAAUACACCUAUCCCGCCCUCGCCAGGAUAAGGAUGUCUGGUGGCGUACAUUUUUUAUAUCAAGAUGAUGAAAAAGAGCGAUAAGGCGCUGGGAUGUUUUAAAAUGCUAACUUCUAUUUCCAGACCAAGAAGAGCAGCUCUUUGUGGAUUACCAGUAUUUUUACACGUUAGAUGUACGCUUAUAUGUGGCGCUGUAAUAAUUGAACUCCUUGUCAAGUCGAGAUUGGCCAGCGCGCUAAAGAAUGAUUUCGAGUAUUUUAAGUCCGUGGGUGUCUUGGUCUAAGGGAUGCCUAAAAAAGGAUUAUAAUGAACAUGCAUUAGAACACUUCACACAAAAGUUCAAAUAAGAUAAAAUGGAAAAUACAAUUUUUAAGAGAAACUCUUCAAAAUCGAA